GCCACUUGUAGCUUUCUUUUUGUUUAGCUAGCUAAGCUAGUUUUAGCUGUAGAAAGUUCGUUGUUUUUUAGACAUAGAUAGCUAUAGGAUGGAUGUGUUACUUGAGUCGAAAACAAAACCAGUUUCGACUAUAUCUGUGUAUAGUUACAUUCCACCAAGACGAACUGAACCAAAAGAGAGGACCUAUUAUAACAGUGACUCCAAGGCACGGGAGGUAUCCUUAUACGACUGCAUAUACCGGCGGGCGGAAGGCUAUGACAGCAAACUACACCGCGACGAUAGAGAACACUCCAACAGCAGGGGACUAGACUUGUACUCUGAGGAGUCUUCCAGACCUGCACCAGUCUUGUCCUCAUCAGAGUAUGGCAGACGCCUGCCUCCUCUCCUCUACACACCUGGCAGGCAGUUUGCCCGCAUCUCUCACAUACACACAGAGUUCUUCAGGAAAAACGGGAUCACACGUAAUUUCGAGGAGGGAUACGGAUCAGUGGUUCCUGUGUGAGGAAGACCGUAUUCCCAACACUAGAGAGAGAGCAGUGAGGGAGGGAGAGUGGUGGUUUUAUCAAUGUGAAUAUGUAUGGGCACAACAACACACCCAACUGAUACAGUCAGUGUGGUGCUGAGUAGUAAAGAUAUUUAAAGAUAUAGAUCAUUAUAGAAAUAGAGGUAUAUUCAAAGAGAGAUUUAA